UGGGGGCAGUGGUCGGGGCUGCCCGUUUCCCCUUUUCAAGUUCACUCCCAAGUCAGGACACACACUACGCUCGGCAGGCCUCACAGUGUGCUCCACCCACGCUGGCCACGGGGCGAAUCCCGCCCAGCCAGCCCUGCCCUGGUGGACCCAGCCGGCCCAUGGCAACACCGGGCAGGUGAAGGGCCGGUUUCAGGAGCCCAUGGCGGAGGGUGCGGGAGUCGGGCGGGGACAGCUGUCCUGAGAGGUGGACGCCCCAGCGAGCCUCAAGCCUGCGGCUGCAGAGAGGGACAAGGGUGGCCCCAGCGUGGGAGCAGCAUGUGCACAGGCCCAGAGGGGCUCCAGGAGUGGGUGUGGCGGUGAACUCCGAGGAGGCAGGCAGCUCUGACGGGUCGAUGCAAGCCAAACGAUGACCAGUUGUGGCCAGCCGUCCUUGAACGUGCUCACCGUCCUCUUCUCGUUGCUGUUUUCCGCAGUCUUGUCCGCACAUUUCCGGGUCUGCGAGCCGUACACGGACCACAAAGGCCGCUACCACUUUGGCUUCCACUGCCCUCGGCUCUCGGACAACAAAACCUUCAUCCUCUGUUGUCACCAUAACAACACGGUCUUCAAAUACUGCUGCAACGAGACGGAGUUCCAGGCGGUGAUGCAGGCGAACCUCACCGCCGGCUCCGAGGGCUACGUGCACAACAAUUACACCGCCUUGUUGGGAGUGUGGAUCUACGGCUUCUUCGUGCUGAUGCUGCUGGUUCUGGAUCUUCUGUAUUACUCGGCAAUGAACUACGACAUUUGCAAGGUUUACCUGGCACGCUGGGGUAUCCACGGACGAUGGAUGAAACAGGACCCACGGCGGUGGGGGAACCCUGCUCGGGGCCCUCGGCCGGGGCAGCCGGCGCCACAGCCGCCCCCAGGCCCCCUGCCGCAAGCCCCCCAGGCCGUGCACACGCUGCAGGGAGACACUCACAGCACACCGCUGGUGACCUUCCAGAGCUCGUCUGCCUGAAAACGCUUUUGCUGUGCCUCAGGAUGGGGGAGGUGAGAGCCGAAGCACCCGGCACAGCCUCCAAGAAGAGCAACUUCUGCAGAGAUGCCAGGGAGCGCUGAGGCGGCGGCUGUGGCAGAGGAAGAAAGGCUGCCUAUGCCCAAAGUCCCCUUCCAUGGACUUCUGAGAUUAGGAGCAAACUCAGGGGUAGGGACUGGGGGUACAAGGGAGGGGAUUUUCAGCCACCCGUCCACAAGCAAUAGUCCUAUUUUGGGCCGGUGGCUUCUGAGAGGUGACUCAUCGUACACUUGGGAUGACCAACACAAAGCUGCUCUGGCUGAUCUGAGCCAGAAAGAUCUAGGCCUGUGAGUCAUAACCGUGGUUUAAAACCUGAAGCUUCCCUUCCCUCUGCCCCACCAAUGGUGGCCCCUCGGGCCUAUCCGUGUCAGAAUACUGAAUGUGCGUGUGUGUGCGCACGUGUGCGUGUGUGAUUUGGGGUGUUCUUCUUGUUUGUUUGGUUGAUUUUUAUUGGAUUCCCCCCAGGGUCUCUGAUGAACACAGGUCACCGUGUGGCUGGGGGUUCUUGCCAGGGUCGGUGUCCAGCUCGAGCUUCUCGCCGCAGCCAGCGGCUGCAACCCAGAUGGAGUUGGCUGAGCACAGGGCACAGCCCCGCUGUGUCUCGGGAGGCGCUGGGGCUUUGACAAUGCCGGUCGGGCUGGGUCUUGUGGAAUUCACUCCUGUGAGCAACAGUAAUAAUGAGUAAUGACAAGGGAUGCACCUCGGGCGACCACAGCACCAGGCUGGGUGUUCCCAUGCACACCCUUUCUCACCACCUGGGAAGUGGGUGUGAUUAACCCCCUGCAGAAACAGCUCAGAGAGCGGAGGGAGGCCCGGGGUCACACAGCCAGGAGGAGCCAGCCUCACCUGAGGGUGUAGGAACCGAAAGUCCAGGCUUCAGUUCCCUAGACAUCACAUGCUUCCUGGCCCGGGGCACACCCAGCAUGACCUCUGGGGCACCUCCAGAUGCCUUCUCAAGGGCGGGCCAGCACCCUGAGCUCUCCCCCGUCACUGCCGGCAACCCUUGUCCACCCCGCACACUCUGGUUAAGCACCUGCUGUGUGCCAGGUGCCGUGCUGGGCAGUGAGUGACGGGGACGAGAGAUGAGUCAGACCUGGUCUCUGUCCCCGGGGAGCUCCCCACCUGGUGGGAGAGACAAACACAUGAGUCGUUGCCAGGAACGUUGAUGAAACCCAGAGGGGAAGGUUCUAGAAAUCCAUCUGAUUUGAGGUGGGACUUCCACAUAGACCUGGAUGCCGGUAACAUCCGCCCACAGAGCUCACCGCCUCGCUGCCCCGGGGCACACAUAUGGGAGGACAUCACCUACAUGAUGGUCACAUAAGUCCCCGAAGGCCACACUGCCAGCGUAGACACGCUCAUUCUGCUAGUGUUAGUGAUACCAAAAUCUCCCACCACCCCUAGCUUGGGGGCCCCCCCGCUCAAACACAUCCCCUCUGACCCUGUGUCCUCACUCAGUCAGACCCCGUGUUCUUACACGGACGGUCCGUGGUCUGUCCGCCGACCAGGCGCGGCAGAGAGCAAGGCAGGCCCUGCUCGUGCGGCCCUCCAGCUGGGGAGGGAGGGCAGAGGAGGAAGAAGGUGGCAAUGGCGGCGAGUGCUCUGCCGAGAAUCCAGUCGCCGUGGUGGUGACGCGUCAGUGAGGGGCUGUGGAGCAGUGAUGUCAGGUCUGCGGGACCAGCAGGAGCGGCCCGGUGUACCGCGGAUAGGAGAGCGUUCCAGGCAGAGGAACGGCCCAUGCAAGGGCCUGGAGGCAGAGCAGAAGGCGGCCACGGUGAGCAGGCCAGAGGUCCAAGUGAGUCCCCGUCAUGCUGAGCAAACUUUCGGGGACAUGAAGCAUGUUCCACGCCUCCUGGCUUUGCAACAGCCCCGUAAAGAAGGGACUCUCCCAUUUUAUAGACUAGGGGACUGAGACUCAGCUGGGUCAAGUGGCUCGUCCAAGGUCACACUGAAGGUCACACAGGCAGGCUAUGGAAGACCCCACCCCGUGGCUUCAGUCUUUGGUCCCAGCAUCUCCUCUGUGCAGACAGCGCUGGUGGAGUCAAAGCAGGAGACGUUUGCUCAGGCUUGUGGUCAGGUGUAGGCGUGGUGUCCUUCCCCGAUGCCAGGUCCUCCAAGGACAUGCCGGGGCCUUGUUGCCACGGGGGUGCCCAGCCAGCCAUUCAGCCCUGCUGGAUCAGCCAGUCGGAGGAAGCCCAGGGUAGGGGCACAAGACCCAGGUUCCAACAUCAGCUCUGCCACUAGGAGCAGUGUGACCUCAGGCACCUUUUCCACCACCCUUUUCCCCAUCAGUGAGAGGAAGGAGCCAGGUCAGGCCUUUAAAGGUUUGCAGUCCUGGCGUCCUGACACUCUGGGGGCUCACACAGCUGCUCACAGAGAGGUGUCCCCACUCCUGAGAGGGAACUGUGGCCAAGUGACAAUUAGGGCUGGGAGUCACCUGAUUUGCGCCCCCUGAGAUUUACCACCUUAGAGAAGGACACUCCUCCCAGCCCCACAGGUCUUUUCAGGAAUAAAUGAAAAUUCUCAUGGGUCUGUUGUCCUACUGCUCUGCCGACUCCCUGUUGGGCAGCUGGGCCAGGGACUGGAAUGUUCCGUGGUAGGCAGGAGGCCUCACACCCAUGUGGCUGAGCAGAGACCACAGGGACUGAGCAGGCAGCCUGUGGCAAAGGCAGGUGUAGAGUGCAGGGGCCACGGCACUGCUCCUUCCAGCUGGGUGACCUCGAAAGUCAGCUGGCCCCUCGGAGCCUCCGUUUCUGACUUUUCAAGUGGGGGGGGCAGGGUGCUGGAGGUGGGGCGGUCAUACUUGCUGUGUCUGGGGAUGACAGCUUGGGGAUGACAGCAGUGUGCAAAGCAGGCGUGUGCAGUGCAGUCCCUUGGCAAUGUCAAGGGCUCCUUGAAACCCCAUAGGACCCCAGGUCAUCACAAUGAGAACCUGUCCCCAUCCUGCCAUGGCUGUGGACCUGCCAGUGAGUAGAGUGUCCCUGAGAACGGAUGUGGGGUAGUGACGAAUGCAGGUAUAGAUUUAUAGAGUUGAUGUUUUUUAGUGACUCCCAAACCUAAUUUUUUAAGCUGCCUACUUUUACUUUGUACUGUGAGCUUCUGUCUAUCACUAUGUAAUUUUUAAUAAUAAUAAUAGAAAAAGAAAAACAAAAAGAAGAGAAAGAAGGUAACAGCAUUCUGUGUCCACUGAGGAAUCUGUACUCGAUGCUGGUGCGUAGCUACCGUGUUUGUACGGACUGUUUCCCACUGGGAACGGCGUGAUUAACGAGCAGUUUUAUGCUUCCCGCGUGUCUGUGUGUGGUGUGACUGCCGUGCGCUUGGGGAGCUUAGUCAGGAUCAGCAGCUGGGAGCACCCCCGGCUCACUGCCCUCACCUCGGCCUCUGAAACUGCCCUGCACCUAGAGAAGCAGGCCACUCCCCUGCCUCGCUGGGACCCUCCAGCCACCAGGCCAGCACCUGACUGUGACCAUUGCCAAUGUCCAAAAGGCCUUAAUUGAAAACACGCAUGCACACACAUGUACACGCACACUCACACAUUUAUGCACAUGUAUGCACACACAUACAGCCGCAUGCAUGCAUAUACUCACAUGCGUGCAUGCACACGUUCAUGAACAUGCCCAUACGCCCCCCACACACAUACACAAACAUGCAUGCACACACACAUGUGCACAGUGCAGCCACUCAUACGUGCACACACACAUGCACAUGUACACAUGAUUCUGCAGGUAGAUCUGGCCCCUCUUGCUGUCUCCGAUGCUCCAGAAAGCAGAAGCAGGCAGCCCGCAGUGCUCCUCGGUGGGUGGCAUUUCCCCUCAGCCAGAAAGUCAGGCACCUUUGUCCCCAGGGCUGAAAAGAAGGGCUUGAGGGUGUCAGGCUUCACCCUGAGACCAGGCGCUCUCUUCAGCUCAGCUCAGACACACCAGGAUGGUGGGUGUGGCCGUGCCCAGUGCUGACCCUGCACAGCCCACCGUCCACGCCGGGUCAGGGCUCCGGCCCGUGUGGCCCAGCCCUCUCGUCCCUGCAGCCACUGCCCCUGCCCGGGCCCUCCCCUGGCACACUGACUCUGUGUCUGCUAGAGGUCAGGCCACACAGGAUGACAAGUUUCCCAGAGGUGCAGACUUUUAAAUUUUUCACUGGCUUAGCUUAAUUUUUCAACUUGGCUAAUUGGUCCCCACCCACAGGAAGGGCCUCCGGAAGUGAGUUUACAGAUCCCCCAACAAUCCAGAUUGGCACACAGCCCCGAACGGCGUCACUGGGGGCGUUUCUUGUAAAUGGUGAAUAACCACGUCACCACUGGGAGACGGCCACGUGGGCCCCUCUCUCGUCUGCUGUAAAAAUCCGGGGCUGGACGGGUAGAAACAAACUUGGGGGAUUCUCAUCCUGCUGCUCACCUGGUAUUUAAGUGAAUGUUCACAGCUUUGGGGGCCGUGGCCUGAAAACUCAGGUGUUGAAGUUGGACAGUCAGGUGAGCUAGAAGAGGUCAGGGCCACGCUAGAAGAUCCACGCUGUCAUGAAGGCGUCACCCACCUGCUCAACAGGUGUUUGCCGAGCACCUGCCGGGGGCCUGGCUCUGUGCACGGUGCCCCUGUGGGAGCCGUUCCGGCUGUAGUCGGGGUCUCCCUAGCAGUCAGAAGUGCCCAGAUUCACAAAAUGAGUAAGGAACACUCACCUAUUCCAGCCACGAAAGUGAUCUUGGACGUGGCAGUGCUCCACCCCCAUCCAGUUUCCAGUCUGGACCCUGCCCGAGAGUUGGUGCUAGAUAGAUGCUUGUUGAGUGAACAGAUUACACCAUUUGUCACUCUGUACCUAAAACUCCUGUCUUCACAUCAAAGCCCUGACCAAUUUGCCCAUGACAGACUGAACUUCAGGGCUGCUACAGUGCCCACCUCCAGGAGGCACCACCCACAACACUGUCACGUAAGUGGUGAUGGGCUCCCAGGGACCCCGUUUACGUGGACCGCAUUGAGAACGGUGACCCCUCGGUUUGUGCAGUGAGGUACCUGCUGGUUGUGCUAAACCAUCCUCCAAAACAUGCAGGAUCCCAUUGCAGUCAGAGCCAAUCCUGAGCCUGG